GUCCUGUCAGUCUCCAACAAUCAGCCGAAUAGCGUUGACGUAUUGCGCUUACCGUUUAAGCGAGUUGUCAUCCCGUCAGUCGAUCUGUUUGUUAUUAUUAUCAUAUAUUGCCAGCAGGCCACUCGAUUCCGAGCUGCUUCUUCUUCUUGAGGAAAGUGUGUCAAGAGUGCAAAAAUCCACAUCGCGUUUUAACCCAGUUGUAUUCGGAACGGCAGAGUCUUAGUAUACCUGUGUCAGAGCCUACGUCCCGUUUUCUCGUUGUGCAUCUCAACCCAAGAAAUACCAGAGGUCGGGACUUAUCGAUCCUAGAGGAAUACAUCUUUGUCUCGUAAACCUAGUUGUUGAAUAGUGCGUUCCAGUAUGUCUCUUGCAAGCGUUCACCCUGCUGAAAUCCAUUCCAGCCAUAGUUCCCUGAUGACCUUCUCCCAUAGUCUGGACGAUCUGGCCACCCUGGGCGUUCAUUGGCCCAGCACGGAGCAUCUCGUCACCAUCGAGCAGCUCCGUCUGGAAAUGACCACCUGCUUUACCUGUGGAGUGUCCUGGAACGACAGCCACGUGUCUCUGGACUGCUCAGAGUGCGGUGGGUAUGCCCUGGACAGGCCAUGUUUGGAAUGUGAGGGGAAGUGCGGAGCUAUGUGGAAGAGGGAUCUCUCAUUGAGCCACAGUAGCGGUAAGGCAAGAUGGCAGGGAGAAUGUGCUCUUUCCAAGUCCCAGAAUAACACUAACAAAGCCUUGGAGUCAGAUGAAAACACCACCUCCACCAUCACGGAACAAGAAAUCACCAAAAGACUAGCCAAACUCAGUGCCAAUUCAUGACGUCAUUCUACUAUUUAAACAUCAUAUUUAGUUUAUAACAUCCUUCAUCUGUUAGGUUAGGUUAGUGUAAAAUCCAGUACAGGGUUGCAAUAUUUAUUUAUAUACUUGACAAAAUUUUUCUGUCUCUGUUUAUCGAGACUCAUUUCUCCUAGAUAAUUAUGCCAUCAACUAGUUAAUUCUACAUUUAAUUUGAUACUGAUUUUCAUCACUUUUUGAGCCUGAAAAAGUAGUUCGAAUAAUAUUCAUAUCAAAAAUCAUGUAGACCAAUGUUAAACCGAUUUAGCUAAUUGAUAUUUCCCUCAAAAACUGUGGAAUCUCAACUUUGAACCGAUUUUUUUUUUUUUUGAUCAAGAAAACUUCAAAUGUUUAAUUUGGUUUAAAUUAUAUUCAUUUAAGUGGAUUUGUAUUUCAAUUUUAAUUCAUUUCAAUCAGGCACCACCACCAAUGGAAAUGUGUUUUAACUAAAUUUUAGUAAAAUUGUAUGUGAUUGAAUUCCAACUUGAAUAAAUAUAUUUUUCAAUGAUUUUUGUUCAAACCUUUGUGGUGAAGAAAUAAAAACUCUAGAAAAUGUA